AUGGAGAACGGGCAUGAGAUAGCAGCAUCAGAUGGCGAGAAAGGUCCAGAGCAGCACGCCAUUGAUGUUGGCCAUGUCGAGCAUGCUGAUGGCAAAGGCGAGGACAUCGACAAGGAGAGAGUGGCUGUGGCUGAGGAGGUGCAGAAGAAGAGCAGGAGAGUGGCAGCUCUUGAUGCCUUCAGAGGGCUAACCAUUGUGCUCAUGAUACUGGUGGAUGAUGGCGGUGGAGCUUAUGAGCGGAUUGACCACUCACCGUGGAACGGGUGCACUCUGGCAGACUUUGUCAUGCCGUUCUUCCUCUUCAUAGUUGGUGUCGCAAUCGCCUUCGCAUUGAAGAGAGUUCCGAAUAUCGGUGUCGCUGUGAAGAAGAUUGCCCUCAGAACACUGAAAAUGCUCUUCUGGGGUGUGCUUCUCCAAGGUGGGUAUUCUCACGCUCCGGAUGACCUUUCUUAUGGAGUGGACAUGAAGAUGAUAAGAUGGUGUGGCAUCCUACAGAGAAUAGCUUUGGUGUACUUCGUUGUUGCUCUGAUAGAGGCUUUCACCACAAAAGUAAGGCCUACCACGGUGCGGUCUGGUCCUUAUGCCAUUUUUGACGCGUAUCGAUGGUUAGGUGGUUUUAUCGCAUUUGUCAUAUACAUGGUUACAACAUUCUCGCUGUAUGUCCCGGAUUGGAGCUUUGUUUACCACAAUGAUGGCGAUGUCAAUGACGGGAAGCAAUUUACGGUACAAUGUGGUGUGAGAGCCAGCCUGGACCAAGCCUGCAAUGCAGUUGGCUAUGUUGAUAGGCAGGUUUGGGGGAUUAAUCAUCUCUAUACUCAGCCAGUUUGGAUCCGAUCAAAGGACUGCACAUUCAGCUCACCGAACAUGGGAACGUUGCGAGCUGAUGCACCAGCGUGGUGCCUUGCGCCUUUCGAACCAGAAGGCUUGUUAAGCUCAAUAUCGUCAAUACUAUCAGGGACAAUCGGGAUACAUUAUGGCCAUGUUCUAAUCCAUUUCAAGACUCACAAGGAGAGACUGAAGCACUGGCUUCUGAUGGGCUUUUCACUCCUUGUGCUCGGCAUUCUCCUACACUUCACGAAGGCCAUCCCAAUCAACAAGCAGCUCUACAGCUUCAGUUAUGUCUGCUUCACUGGCGGGGCGGCAGGAAUCGUUCUCUCAGCUUUCUAUAUACUAAUUGAUGUCUGGGGCCUGAGGACUCCGUUCCUGUUCCUGGAGUGGAUUGGCAUGAACGCCAUGCUUGUGUUUGUCCUGGGAGCACAGGGAAUAUUGGCCGCGUUUGUGAAUGGAUGGUACUACGAGUCACCAGAUAAGUCUCUGGUCCAUUGGAUCGUGAAGCAUGUGUUUGUCAAUGUCUGGCACUCACAGAGGCUGGGCACUCUACUCUAUGUCAUAUUUUGUGAGAUUGUGUUCUGGGGUGUUGCGGCAGGCGUCUUGCACAAAUUGGGGAUUUAUUGGAAAUUGUGA